GCAGAGCUGAUGGAUGAAGGUGAGGGGGAAACGGGUCGCUGGUUCAGUCACGGCUCAUAAACAAGCAAGCAAGCAAGAAGAAGGAUGACAAUUCAGGACAACAUUGCGGAACAGCUGGAGGAGUGCGAGUCGCUGCUGUGCAUCUUCGAGGAUGAGGGCUCAUUGACUGUGGACGCGGACGCCGUCAGCCGCUUGUCGGAUUGGCGGCGUGCGUUGGAGACGGCCACUGCCCACACCACCGGUGCGGGGGAUGGGGGUGACAAUGCGCAGCGCCACUCUAGCAAAGGACAGCAGCAGCACCCGCCAGCAACAUUGACAUUUGUGGCAAAGGUGAACACGGAGCACGCAGGCAGUGUGGAAUUGAACAUCACCCUGCCGCCCGAGUAUCCGGCUGAGGCGGGCCCUCAGCUGUUGGUGCGCUGCCCAUCACACUCGCGUGCCGUGUCCGAUGCAUUACAGCAGCGCCUGCUGACCCUGGCUGCAGAUGAGUUUGCAGGGGACUGCUGCUUGUUCCAGCUCAUCGACGCCGUGCCACAGCUGGUUGAGGAGGUGGUGGAAGAAGUGAGCGCCGCAGAUGGCCGCAGCAACGGCGACAACAGCAACGUGGAUCAAGACACUUCCCAACGUGGAUCGAGCAACACAGGCAAGCACGACGGCUUCAUGCGCCAGUUCAUCUACUUUCAUCACAUCUACAACAAGUCCAAGCGACGAGACAUCCUCGCACACGCACACGAACUCGACCUGAGCGGCUUCUCUGUUGUCGGCAAGCCGGGACUGGUCUGCAUUGAGGGCGUGGAAGCGAACGUCAUCGACUACACCCAUCGCCUUCGCCGCCUCCCCUGGCAGAAGAUGCAAGUCAAGGUGACGCAGACAGUGGCGACCAGUGAUGUUGAGAGCGAGCGCAAGUUCCCGCGCAUGCACGAGCUGAUUGUCGACGCGCACGGACAGCGCGGGAACCAUGCGGAUAUGGGCCAGGUGCGGCAAUAUCUCGAGGAGCACGGCCUUGGCGACGUCUUUACACACAUCUUCGCUGUCGGCAGCUAGCUAUCUAGUUUCCCAUGUUUGUUUGUGUGUGUUUGUGUGUGUGUGUGUGUGUGUGUGUG